AAAUGAAACAAGGACUGAAUAAAUUUAAAAUUAUAAAAAGUACCAGGCAACCAAAAAAUCUCAAGCAAAUUCUUUGUCCAUCCAAAUAUUCUUGUACAGAGAGUGUACCAUGUGUUAAGGGGCAUUCACACGGUACAACUAGUUGUAUACAAUUUGUUGCAUGCAACACAUUGCAUCGUGUGAACGGGCAAGUCGGUCCAACUUUUGACGCAUGCAACUUGUUGGACGUGAGUUGUACGGAAUAGGACAUGCUCUAUUUUCAUGCGACAAGUUGUACGUACGCAGCCAAUCAAAACGCGUAUCCAAAUCACGUGAUAUUUUCACCUCCAAAUGUAAACAAUCAUGGCGACCCCAGCGUCCCGCUUGAAGAAAUUUGAGAUGUCUAGAGUGGAAACGGAGCGGUUUAUCGGCUAUUAUGCGUCCCAUGAUUGCUUGUGGAAUGUAUCCAGUCCAUUUUAUUCCAAGCGGGAACACCGACAAGCAGCCUACAUCUCUAUUGCAGAGAUGAUGGGUAAUGGGAUUACAGUUGAUCAAGUCCCAACUAAAAUUUCUACCUUACGAACAUACUAUGGUAAGGAGCUGAGGAAGGAGACCCUGUCCAAGAAGAGUGGAGCAGGGACCGAUGAGGUCUAUGUUUCCACAUGGGAAUGGUUCCAACUUCUGGAUCCAUUUCUCAGGAGGCAGGUUCAUCAAAAGAACACAGUAAACAACAUGAACAGCUCAGAGAGACAAGACACAGAUGAACAGGAGCAAAGCAGCGCCUCUGACAGUUUGUUCACAAGUCAAAUAGAUACAGAAGACUGCCCUUCUCUGCCCCUGGCAGAGUCAACACCAAUCAAGAAAGCAAGGCGCUCAGACAAUAACAGUUUGCAAACACAAGUUCUGCAAACACUGAAAUCACUUGAGCAAAGAAGGGCAGCAAAAGAGAAUAGUGGGGACAUGUUGUUUGCUAAAUACAUAGCGAGUGAAUUAACAAAUGUCACCAAUGACAGAAAGAGACAAGAAUUAAAAAUAAAAAUACAACAAUUAAUUUUUGAAGCUCAGUUAGACAACUGAAGUGGAACUGUUAUUUAGAGGUUAUUUAUGAUGCACAAUUUGAAAAACAUGAGAGUUUUGACCAAAUCUUGUAUAUGUAUUAAUCAGGGGAUGAUGUGGUGCAUUUUGUCAAUUAGAAUUUUUUUAAAAAUUCAUGUUUCCAUGGCAACAAUUUUUACUUUGACUCUGUACAUAGUGGUGUGUUUUUCCAGACCAUAUCCAGACCAGUACUCUUUCUUGAAACUGUACACACACAAAAGACCAGGUUGUCAACUGGUGCCUAUGCUAUUUAUAUUGUUUUCAAUAAACUUUGCUUUCAGGAAAUAAUUUUUAAUAAAAAUAUCAACAAUACCUUCAGGUAAUCAUCCUUCAAUGAGUCAUAAAUCGCUUGGCAGACAUGAGGAAUAAAUCCACAUAUUGUGUUGCUUGGUAUUCUGUAUAGAUAUUCCAGUGACUUGUAACUAUCUCCUGUUGAAAAUUAAAAAAACCAUAAAAAUAUGUAUUCAUAGAUUAUCAUUAUAGCAUCACUCAAUCUUGGAGAUAACAUUACCUACCAUAAAAAGAUGUAAUACAAAGUAGAAUUUAAACUUAAAUCAAUUAUUAUAUCAUUUACAAUUGCAUACCCACUUCAUGUAGUACAUAUGUACUAAUUUUCACAUCUUUGAAUCAAUAACAAAUGUAAAUGAAACUGUUUCAUGGCAUCUGGUUAUUUACACACUUGUGUCAAUUAUUAUAUCACUUUGAUAUAUACAGUUCACAAUAAUAAUUGAUGAAAAUAUGUCAUGAUCUGAACUUGUAAUUAUUUUUUUAUAGAAUAAAAACAACAUUAAUUCUAACUAACAUUUCUAAUUAAUGAAUUCUAAGUAACAGACCCAGAAUGAGAAUGUAAAUGCCAAAGAUGGUGGUUGUGUCUCUUAAUGUUAACAUGCCAAUUUAAAGUGCCUAUGUAUUUGUGUCAAAUAAAGAAUUGUUUGCGGGUUUUGAAUAAUUUAAUUGAGUAAAAUGUAAUAAGAAAAAUAUUUUGAAAUAAUAAAGCUGUAUGUGAUCAAUUGUGCGAAGAAGAAAUUGUCUGCACUUAACAUAUUUAUAUUUCAAAACAGACACUUCACAUUGAUGAAAUAUACCUGAACAUGUACAAAAUAAAUACAAUUCAUCUUCAAAA